AUGUCACCCGAGUCCCAGUUGCAGACCUGGAGCUAUCUUCGGCAGCAAAUCUCCGAUAACCUUAGCUUUUCAUGUCCGUCUGAUGCUCACAUCAGCGUCGUCACGUCUCGAGACCCGACGGCAAAAGUCUGGCACGCAUUGGCUGUUCAGGCACGAAACAACUGCAAGACGGUCGUUCUCACAGACCAAGGAUAUAGUGUUGAACUGGCACUUAAGGGUCUGUUCAUCAAGUCAGCAUAUCAUGUUCACCGGUACCUGAGCUUGAAGAAAGCGUCGACGGUGUCGCCACCUACUCCCUUAGGCAGGCCGCCCGUCGCCACGAGACAGUCCGAGGGAUCGGCCUACGACAGUUCAUCCGACGACUCCGACUGGGAAGAACUCAAACUGCAGGCCAAGAUCACCCGUGCGAAGAAACUUCUGAACAGGUACAAGACGGGUCAAAACACGACCCGGCCCGUCUCCCUCCCAGCUCCUCCUCCUCCUCCUUUGCCCUCCUCUUCACUGUCCGACUCAGCUCCCCGCUAUCAGAGCUCGCCGCCACCUCCGCCGCCGCCUCCCCGUCUUCCGCCUCAUCCAGCUCCCAGGCUUUCGGCCCAUGGCACAAAAGGCCUUGCCCUGCCCUCGCGGGCAGCAGGAGAAGCAGCUCCCCCACCCCGUUUCACCACGCACCCCCGCGUGCCCCCGCUCAUCCCACCCCUCCUGCCCGUCCGCCUCGCCGUCCGCCUGGCUAUCAACGCGGCAGCCAACAACGAAACCGCGCCCGUCAACGUCCUGACAACCAUCUCACGCCCAAGCCUCCGCGCCCUGCUCGUCGGCGCCAUCGCAUGCGUGGGUCAGCAGAACACGAGCGGCUACCGGGCCAAGGCGCGCCGGGCGCACCUCGACGGCGUCGCCUGCGACAUGGCUCUGUUUGCAGCAGACGACCUCAGCUUCUUCUUCGGAAAGGAGACUGUGCCGUUCUUCGAAGUGGAGGUCUGGAGGGACAGUAUCACGGAGCAGCCAAACUCCGACGCUGAUGGCGAUGACGACGAAGACGAAGCGUGA